AAGCGUAGAGAAGGCUAGGACUCAGGGGUGGGGUUGGAGAAUGCAGACAGAGCAACAGCUUGAGCUCAGGGACUACAGUGAACUGAAAGUAAGAGCGUGGUGUGCUCUCAAAGAAGGAGUGAGAAAGAGAAAGCCAGAAAAGGAGAUGAAAGGAAACAAGACACAUCAAUCUACGUAAAGGAGGGCGUGUGGACAAAAGACUGACAUUGUAGUUCUAUAGGAGCCUAGCGGAGGGGGAGAAAAGAGGGGGGGAAAGGAGAGAGGAGAUUUUUAUAGGGUACAGACAGAGAUAUGAUAGUCUGCUUAUAGAAGAGGUGUGCCUGGAAACGCUCUGAGAAAGAGACAGAGGGGGAGAGACGGAGAGAGAGAGAGAAAGAGAGGGCGGAAAAUGAGGGGGGAGUGAGUGAGACAGAAAGAUUAACCACAGUCAGAAAGAGCGAGAGUGAGCAGUGAAGGACAAUCUGGGGCAAAUAGCAAGGGAGGGAGGGGGAGGUAAAAAUAAGAAAAGGAAAGAGGGGAAAGGUCUGAAACAAACUAAUGUGUAAGUGCUGAGUGAAGGACAAUAGGAGAGAGAGAGAGAGAAAAGAAGAGGAGGGGGCCAGCCAGAGGAAGUAGCAGGGCGAGAGAGGCAUGAGGGGACUGUUCUCCUUUAUGCUCACCCUGUCCAUCCUGGGGACUGUCCUGACUGCACUCGUCUGGUACUUCUUCAGCAAACACAAUGUUCAACCUGGCAGACCCCCCCACAAAAGUCAUAUUAUGAACUCUGGGCCAGUCCCCUCCAGAACAUGCAAGGGCUGCAGGGAUACAGUCACUGACAAAGUGGUGGAGCUCUACUCUCACAGCUGGAAGAAGCAGGAGGACAAGUUCAGAAAUUUCAGGUCUCUUCUGAGUAACAGAUGUAAUGGACUCACCAAGGCUAUGGUAACACAGGCUAACACUCCUCUGGGGUCAAAGGUUGUGUACGAUGGAGAGAAAAGGAAGCCUCUUCAGGUGACCCCUGAACUCUUCAGCACCUUUGCUAAGGAGAAUCCUUUUGUGAAUACGACAUGGGAUACGUGUUCUGUGGUUGGGAAUGGGGGAAUCCUAGCUAAUAGCAGCUGUGGAGAGAAAAUCGACUCGGCCCAGUUUGUUAUCAGGUGUAACCUCCCUCCUCUGGAGAAUGGCUAUGAGCGAGACGUGGGCAACAAGACAGACCUGGUGACAGCUAAUCCCAGCAUCCUCAUGGAGAAAUAUGGGGGCCUGCAGGAGCGUCGUCGGCCCUUCGUGGAGAGCCUGCGUAGCUAUGGCGACUCCCUGAUGCUCUUGCCAGCCUUCUCGUAUGGCCACAACACGCCCGUGUCUCUGCGGGCCCUCUACACCAUCCAGGACUUUGACAGCCCCUCGCGGCCCGUCUUCCUCAACCCAGAGUACCUACAGAGUCUGGCUCGCUUCUGGCAGGGCCAGGGCCUGCGAACGGUACGCCUCAGCACAGGACUCAUCGUGGCUAGCCUGGCGUUGGAGCUGUGUGCCAACGUGCAUCUCUACGGGUUCUGGCCCUUUAAUGAACACCCCCACCGACACCAGCCCCUCACCAACCACUACUACGACGACAGGCAGAGUAAGAAGACGGUGCACGCCAUGCCCGCUGAGUUUGACCACCUGCUAAGACUCCACACCCAGGGCGUGCUCAGGAUACACCUGGGAGAGUGUGCACCCACCGCCAGUCCUGGAUGUAGCUCAAAGAUGGCCUGGGCCCCAGCCUCAGUCUCGGGCCUCAGUCUCCCGGUUGGCUCUCUGGGUAGUGCCAUGCCCACACUGGUACAACGCAACACAACCUCCCAGAGCCAGAAGCCUUGGGCUGGGCCCGACACCAACGUCUCUGGACCAUCGGGACUGGGGCAGGGUGCUUCUGAAGACCCCACACAGGGUUCAGAGCAAAGGACAAAACACAGGACGGGGAACAGAAGGAGACCAGGGAAGUGAUGACACCCAUAAACAUUUCUGGGGGUCCCCUUUCAUAAAGUUUCCAUGGUUACCAGCUCACACAGGCCAAAGCAUUAUAACAACAAAUACUCUCCCCCCUGUGACCAUGGUGACAGUAAAUAAUCUGUGCUGUGACUAAGUAACAACAGUAGCAAGGGAGUGGUGGGGGGAUGCAGGAUUGACAGUUCACUUAUUAGCACUGUAGCUGCUGUAAGUAAUAUGUUAAGUAUUAUUUCCCUAUAAUGCAAGAUAUGUUUGGAAGGUAGAAUUUAGUAGAUAUUCAUUCUUACAUGUUCUAUGUUUGGACUGCUUUUGAAAGCAAAAGUCCAAUUGAAAACAUUAUUGUCUUUUUUUUUUUUUUUUACUCGAUUUUCAUAACGGUAAGCUCGGACUAAUGGUUUUAUUAGCUAAACUAGCAAGUCUGUUUGUUUGGUUACCACAGCAAACUGUAGCUACGUAGUAAACUUGCUAGCUACUUUAAUGGAUGUUGAACACAUUUCUAGCGUCAAAUAUCUUAAAUUAUGGCCAUGGUUGUCACGCCCUGAUCUGUUUCACCUGUCCUUGUGCUUGUCUCCACCCCCCUCCAGGUGUCGCCCAUCUUCCCCACUUAUCCUCUGGGUAUUUAUACCUGUGUUAUACCUGUCUGUCUGUGCCAGUUCGUCUUGUUUGUUCAAGUCAACCAGCGUUUUGUCUCAGUGCCUGCUUUUUCCCUAGCCUCUCUUCUUCUCGUCCUCUUGGUUUUGACCCUUGCCUGACCUGACCCUGGGCCUGCCUGUACCUUGGCCCCACUACUCUGGAUUAUAGACCCCUGCCUGCCUUGAACUGUCGUUUGCCUGCCCCUGUUGCAAUAAACAUUGUUACUUCA